CAAAUGCUGUAGUUCUGUAGUUAAUCCUGAAUUAACUCUUUCCCUCCCUUAAAUAGAACCUGUCUGACAAAGAGAAGCAGGCCUAAAGACCUCCAACACACCAUGGAACCAUCUAAAGCAGGGGUGUCAAACUCAAGGCCCGGGGGCCAAAUCCGAACCAUGAUAAAGAGGUCACAUGAUUUCAGAGAGACUGGGGGUCUUCUUAGAAUCAGUGAAACAAAGUAAAAGGGUGGAGACGUGUUCUGUCAGAUGAAGUAUUCUGUUCUAAAAGUAACACUGGUUUACAAUGGAGGUCAGGGAAACAACAAACAGUGUUUUUAUUACUUCACAGCAGGUUAUAAAGAGAAUCAUGUCCGUUUAUGUCUGGGCCAUUUCUGUGAAAUCAUGUGACCUCUGAUCGCCCGCCCUCUGCUCAUAUAAACGCUGCUCUCUCUCUCCUCACCAUCAGAGAUCUUCAGAGACUGAGAGCUGAACACCAGAUCCAGAAAUCUCCGUCCUCCAUCUCCUGAAGAGACAUCACCAUAGCAAUGUACAAUUCAAACAGGUUUCACCACAUCAAGUGCAAACAGCUGAUCAGUCAAGGAUCUCCUGAGGUCUACCAGCUGACACCACCAAAGGAGACUAUUGGGACUCUAACCAGAAUAACUCUGGGUGAAAGAAAUGUAAAAGAGACAAACAAAACCAUCUUACUUGUUGGUGAAACAGGAACAGGAAAAUCUACUCUGAUCAACGCUCUGGUCAAUUACGCCAUGGGAGUGAGGUGGGAAGAUGAUAUCUGGUUUAAGAUUGUAGAGGAGAGAAGCAAUAGGCAGUCAGAGAAACAGGAGAAAGAUGAAGGUCAGUGUGUAAGUCAGACCUCAGAAGUGAUCGUGUACCAGAUCUUUGGUUUUGAGGAUAAAACUCUGCCCUUCUCUCUGACCAUCAUCGAUACUCCAGGAUAUGGAGAUACUAGAGGGGCUAAACAAGAUGAAAAAGUGAGCAAAAGUUUACUAGACUUGUUUCGCUCAGAGGGAGGAGUCCAUGAGAUUAAUGUGGUGGGUCUGGUAGUGAAAGCCAGUGACAACCGUCUGAGUGACCGGGUGAGGUACAUCUAUGAUUCUGUGAUGUCUCUGUUUGGGAAAGACCUGGAGGAGAACAUCGUCUCCCUCGUCACACACUCAGACGGAAUGAUUCCUAAGAAUGUUCUGAAAGCUCUCGAGGUGGCAAACAUCAAGUGUGCCAAAGAUGAAAAGGAUCAGCCGAUCUACUUCCUGUUUAAUAACUGCCUUGAUGAAAAAAGGACAGAAGACACCAGAGAAGACCUUGAAUAUAUAUAUAAAAAGACAAUGAAAGGAUUGAGACAGUUUGGAGAAUUUCUGGAUGAAAAAUCCCCCCGAAUGUUGGAGGGAACGGUGACCGUUCUGAAGGACAGAAUCACUCUGGAAGCCUGCAUCAAAAAUCUGAAGGAAAGAAUCGAGUUUAUCGAACCAAAGCAGAGAGAAAUCCAACAGGUGCAGGAGGCUCUGAGGAGACAUGAACAAGAGAAGAAGAAGAACGAGAACUUCUAUGAAACAUUUGAUGAGCCCUACAAAGACAAGGAAUACUUCAACGGUUGGAGGAAGGGCGAUCAAUUUGAAGGAGUCAUCUGCUGUUUAGUGUGUGAGGAGAACUGUCAUGAUCCAUGUGAGCGCGUCUCUAAACCAGGCAGCUGUAAGGUCAUGAAGAGAGGUCGCUGUGCCGUCUGCACCAAUAAAUGUCCUGUAUCGGCUCAUGUUAAAGAACAGUGGAGGUACGUGAUCAAGACGAGGAAGGUUCAGAGGACUCUUCAAGAUGUGAAGAAGAGGUUUGACAUGAGUCAAGCAGAAUGUGAGAAAACAGCGAGCCAGUUAGAAACCCUUCAGAAGAAAAUGAAUAAACUCCAAGAGGAAAAACAUCGUUGGCUGGAGGAUGCCUACCAACAUAUUCUCUCUCUGGAGCAGAUCGCCCUGAACACCAAAUCACUGUCCACUCACAUCCACCUGAAGUUCCUGAUUGAGAAGAUGAAGGAGAAAGGAGACACAGAGAAGGUCAGGAGACUGGAGGAGAUACAGAAACGAGAGGAUGAGGGAACCAGAGCAGGACUGAGCUACAUGGGUCGGUUCACAGCUGCUGCUGGAGCGGUAAUAGAUAUGUUCACGAAGUAAGAUCAAGGAUCAAGGAUAUCUUUAGGAUCCCAGAGGGGCCUCAAAGCCAGAAGAACCCUACAAACCAUUCCUCAACUAGAGGCAAAAAGUUCAGACAAUAAGACACAUUUCAACCCAUAUUUUUUGCCCUUUUUAAUUCUAAUGCACCACCUUUUGUAACCAUUUUGCCAGAUACUAGCCAUUGUGCCCCUUCCUGAACCCUUUCCACCAGUGUUUCUGCCCAUUUUGCUUGUCUUAGCCCAUUAUGGCCCAUUUUUUCACCCUCUUCACCACUUUUAAGUAUUUUUUGUGACAUUAAAGUUUUCAUUUAUGUGUGAAUCAAGAAUAAAAUGUUUUUCUAGUAAAGUGUGAUUUGAUUUGA